GAUGUUGUUCAAAUUGCACCGCACGCGCUCGUUGCAGCACGAGAGGGGUGGGGUCAAACAGCGCGCGUUCUGAUAAGAGCGUCACCGGCUGAGUGGUCGAGGACAAACUCCACAGACAUGAAUCUGACUGCAGAGAGCCACAGUAUCCCUCUCUGUGACGGGAACCGUAUUCCACUGCUGGGAUUGGGCACCUACGGGGACCCUCAGACGACACCCAAAGGCACAGCACUUGAGUGCGUCAAGCUGGCCAUAGAUGUGGGUUACAGGCACUUUGAUGGGGCAUUGGUGUAUUUCAAUGAGCACGAAGUGGGUCAAGCCAUUAGAGAGAAGAUUGCUGAUGGAACUGUGAGAAGAGAGGACAUAUUUUACUGUGGAAAGCUCUGGAAUACCUUCCAUCCACCAGAGUUGGUGCGACCGGCCUUGGAGAGGACACUGAAAGCCUUAAAACUAGACUAUGUGGACCUCUACAUCAUUGAGCUUCCUAUGGCCUUCAAGCCGGGAAAGGAGUUCUAUCCAAAAGGCCAAGAUGGAAAAUACAUCUACCACCACACAGACCUCUGUGCAACAUGGGAGGCUUUAGAGGCUUGCAAAGACGCAGGGCUAGUUAAGUCUCUGGGAGUCUCCAACUUCAACCACCGACAGCUGGAGCUGCUGCUGAAUAAACCUGGCCUCAAACACAAACCUGUAUCCAACCAGGUUGAAUGCCAUCCAUAUUUCACACAACCCAAGCUUCUGGAGUUCUGUCGUCAGAAUGACAUUGUGAUUGUUGGCUACUGCCCAGUUGGCUCCUCCAGAGAUACAUCCUGGGUGAAUGUGAAAUGUCCUCCCCUGCUGGAGGAUGAGCUGCUUGUAUCCAUUGGGAAAAAGUACAACAAGAGUAGUGCUCAGGUGGCGCUGCGCUUCAAUGUCCAGAGAGGCGUCGUAGUGAUCCCCAAGAGCUUCAGCGCCGAGAGGAUCAAACACAACUUCCAGAUAUUUGAUUUUUCACUCACUGAGGAAGAAAUGAAAGCCAUUGAAGCACUGAACACUAACAUUCGUUUUGUGGAGCUGCGGAUGUGGAGUGACCAUCCAGAGUACCCAUUCCAUGAUGAAUAUUAAAUUUUCUGACUUAAGCUUUUCACACAAAUAAUUAUAACAAAACAUGGACUCUGACUCUUUUGAGCAUCUUAAUUUCACCAAUAAAGUCUUUCACUGGUACAUUUUCACCCUCAACACUAGAGGGCUCUAGCUCACAGUAAAUGAAAAGGACAAAUACAUGAAUGCAUUAAAUACAGCUCGGAUAUAUGAUGACAAAGUUGUUUGUUUAUUGCAUGUGAGUUUCAUGUGAGACUCACACGAGGCUCAUUUAAUAUUUAUAUAAACCAUCCAGAUUUGGAUUUUCAAUAUUUUUCAGAUACAUCAGCCACAUGAUCACUAUAUUUCAGUUUGAAGAUUACGGUAACUUAGAAAAGCCAGGCAGUGUCUGAUUCUUUCUUUGGCAGCGCUGCUUGUAGUGUUGAUAGCGUUAAAAGGAAAAAUGGACAACCUUUGUUUGCCUUGAGUGUGUCACUCCCCGGUCUUCAAAUAAGUCAAGUCACUUUAUAAAGCACGUUUAAAAACAACAAGGUGACGUUAAGCAUCUUUGACAUCUGUAACUGGAAAGGAGUAUAUGAGAAAAGCUGAGUAUGCUGGAAGCCGGUGCUGGAUGGAUUCAGCAAGAGUUUUGAGGUGUUAUGUCAUCAAAAGAACAAACAAUUCAUUAAUAAGACACAUGGACCAAGUCAAAUAUAUUUGUGAUUGCAUUAAAAAUAUACAGGCCCUGAGGGAAGAAAUGUGUUGAGCAGACAGGGUGUGCUAGGCGUAACAUAAUUUUCUUGCUUCUGUUUCUGUAUAAUUCUUACAGAUGUAAUGACAUAUAUAUAUAUAUAUAUAUAUAUAUAAUAUUUGCUCAUCACAGGUUCUAUUGUGGCAUUAUUUUAGUGUGUACUAUAGCAAAAUUUAACCACAACACCAUGUCAAGAAUGAAUCAUUUCAGCCCCUGAGGAAUGUGGGUUUAAGUAUCUUGCUGAAAGACAUCUUUGUGGUAAAGUAGAGGGAUGGCUGUUAUUUAUUCUACUGAAGAUCUAUGACGUAUAUUCUUCAGAAAUAUUAUUACUCAUAUUAAAAACUAUCUCACUGAUGUACUGAGGGUUUGAAAAUUAAGAUGACUGUAAAAAAGAAGUAUGAGAAAAAAUGUGGAACUAUCAUUGCCAAAUAAAUAAAUUUGGUUGUUUGAAAUUA